AUGUCACGACAGCAGCCAUACAUAAUCACUAGCUCUUCUUCUUCCUCACAUGGCCGCCGUGGACCAAGUCUUCAGGGAUCCUCGAGCGUGUUCAACGAAGACGAAAUCAUCGAAGCAAAUGGCCCCAUUACAAACUUUCUUCGCGAAGAAUUCUUUACGCCAGAGAAACGAAGUGGAAAUUUCCAAAUUGUUUAUGUGACCGCGGCAUUUGGUUUAGUCAUUGCGUUUUUGCGAAAUUUCGAACAAGAGUGA